GGCGAACAGAUGGCGGCGCACAACCACCAUUUGUUUAUUUUUACCCUCAUUACCCACUCCCCGCACCUGUCAAUGUCCUAAUAUCAGCUGUCUGUUCCGACAAGCGAUUAUUAUGCGAAGCCUUCGAUAAUGUCCAUUGUUUGCGAAGAAGUGUUCGAUGAGACGAGCCACCCUUCUGCUGAAGAAAUCCGGGACUAUGCCACAAAAAUCGGGAUCGACCCGGACUCCGAGCCCCAGCUGCUCCCGCUUGCAGCCGAGGGCCUCAUGAAGGCUUUGCCCCCCGGUUGGAGACCUUGCUAUGACGACAAAUCAAAAUCAUACUACUACUACAACAACAACACGGGAAAAACACAAUGGGAGCACCCUCUCGACGACGUUUACCGCGGUUUGGUGAAAAAAGUCCGUGCCGAAAGCCAAUCUCUAAGUCUUGGUGAACCCACCGAAGAUGCAACUUAUGCCAGAGAUGAAAUUCCAAGUUUUGAGGAGCCUCCAAAACUCACCAAACUCAAACUUUCGCCACUCAAAACCAGCCCCAAGCACGAAGCCAAACUCCUCAAACAACGCUCGGAGGAGCAUUUACUUUCGUCGCGGAAAAUUAGUCUCAAUAUUUUCAAUAGUUUCGAUGAGAAAAGCAAUUUUGAGAAACAUCCACGUGUGUUGGAUAAACCAGAAUUGAAGAUAAGUGGUGGAGGAUCAAUGUUUCUGAAGUGUAACACAAAGAAAGGCGCUGAUUUGGCCCCAAGUCCGGCAAAGAGUGAUUCCCCGGAUGUGCAAAACCAACCAAGGAGUAUCCUCAGGGAACGCAAUUCCUUGGAAGUCUCCCGGAGUAUGGAUUUUGAUAAGGUUUCUUUAGACAAGUCGGAGAAGGACGAUGAUGAUAAGAAAAGUGUGAGGUUUAACCUCGAUACGAACACCGAUGUUGGCUUUACAUUUUCGGAUAAAUCAACUUCCAGUGAUGAUGACAUAGGGAAUGACAUCAUCAAUGUUAAAGUGACUCCAAAUAAGCCAAAAUCACGAUUUACCGUAAGCCCGGUCCCCGACUUAACGAACGAAAAGAAACUAAUUAAGCCAAACCCAACCGACUUUAUUAAACCAAAAUUAACAAUAAGUAAAGGUUCCGACUCCGAAGAUGACUCUCUUAAAAGUAACGGUUCGGACGAAAGUCCUCUCCACACCAAAAUGUUGAUCAAAUCGAAGAAACUAGAGGAAAAAGCCGAGAAAAAAAUUGCCCAAAUGAAACAAAACAUCUGGGAGGAGAAAAACGAUGAGUUGGUGAAAUUCCGUGACGACUUACAAGAGUCACAAAAGGAGGAACUUGAACGCAUUUUAAUUAAUGCUAAAAGUGACCACGAAGAUCGGAUCAAAUCAGAGUUGGAGAAUUUGCGAAUUGAGAUGGAAAAUCGCAACAAAGGGGCGCUAAACGAGGAAAGGAUCAAGUUUGAGAAGUUAUUGGAAGAGACGAGGGGAAAGUUUGAAAAAGAUUUUGAACAAGAACAAUCGCAAAUGAAGGAAAAGUUCGAGGCAAAGAAAGAAGAGUUGGAGAAGUACUACGAGGAGAAAUUGGUCGAAAUCGAGAAAGACUUGGCCGAAAGAAUGGAGAAAAAUCGUGACGAGAUGAUUCUAACGCACAACUCAAACGUCGAACAAUUGAAACAGAACCAUGCUAUAAUUAUCGAGGAGUUGAAAAAAGGGUUCAAGGCUGAGGAAGAUGCCUUGAGACGGGACCACAAGGCUGUGAUUGAGGAACUAAAGACUAGUAAAGUAGACGAUAGGAAAGACGAUAAGUUUGAAAAAAUCCGUUGUGAGAAACGACUGCUAGAAGAUAAGUACCGAUGCUUGAAGGAGAAAUAUUUGAGACUGAAAACCGACGUGAAAAUGUCAAUCGAGAAGCGGAACAAAAGGAAGGAACAAAGCGGGGCGACAACAACCACAGGGUCGGAAACGGAACGCAGUCACUCCAACAACAAAGACAGGACUCCGCUGAAUUCCCCCAUACGUAAACCCCCCCGUUCUGAGACGAAAAAACCCGAGCACCGAGCAACCCGCCAACUAAUCAUCCAAGACCUGGACACUUCAAUCAGCGAUAAAAGCGAAAAUAAAAAAGAUUGUGAUUCGAGUGACUCCACAAAUCCAGGUCGCAGCCGAAAAAAAAUUUUCUCCCGCUUGAAAAGCUCCUCAACUUCGAGGAUCAACACGGGAUCGAAAUCACGUCGUAACCAACGUUCGUGCUCCCCUGUUGAGAAUUUGCGGCGACAGUUGCAGAAAUUGGAGGAUUUGGAGGACCAGUUCCCUCAAAAUCCACAAGCUGAUACGUAUCAUUUGAGGUAUCCAUUUUCCGAUGGUCAAAAAUUUGAGGGGAGUUCCGAAUUGGAAUUUUUUCGGCAUAGGAUACACUUGGAGCGGGAUUCGAUUAAAAGGGCCAAAGAGAGUUUGAGGAAUCAGAAAUCGCUCUUCCAGCAGAGACAGAAAGAAUUGAAGUUGAAACACGGGUCUAUGGCCAGGCACACGUUGCAACAGUUGUGCCAGGAGGAGAAGGAGUUGACUGAUAUGGAGGUGUCGCUUCACCGAACGAGGAGUCUUCUGGGGGAGAAGGUUAUCAGGUUGAGGCACUUGGAGCAGUCCUUGCAGAGGGCCACCAUGACGGCGGAAAACCGCCAAGAAGACGCCACUCUGAGCGACAUUUCCUCCCACAGUGCCAGUUCAGGGAUAAGCUCGACUGAGUUCGCCACCGCUGACCCCAACCCCGGGAAGAGUUUCAUCCACGGGGAGCACCUCCAAGAAUCUUCCGAAAUAAUCCAAAGCUUGGAGAACUUGAAUUCGGAAAUUCGCGAAAUCUGGGAUGUUUUACGCAAACAGCAACAACAAGGUGGGAUUUCGGUAAUACCACCCCUAGUCUACCCUGACUUAGGUUGGCCGCUGUUAGCAGGGGCUGCCACCGUUCCGGCGCCACCGUCCAUCCCCACGUUGGCCGAUCGUUUGCACAAUUACCGCCAACAUGUGGCGCUAGCUAACGCUCAAAGUACGGUAGUGACGCACGCUAAUCAAGGGGCUACUACUACGCUUGUCGAAAGAACGAGGAAUUUGAGGCAUUGGCUGAGGCAAGCGGGGGUUGAUGGGAAUAUGGAGGGUAGUACGCCACAAGCAACGCUUUGAAAUGUUGAACAGUACAAAUUUUGUUGGGGUUUUUAGAUUUUAUCGGCCGGGAAGGCCAUUUGUUAGGAUAGUCAAGGCCAAUUCAAAUAAAACUUUAUUGUUUCAAGUGGGUCCGAAAAGUUAGCGGACUAAAAACAGUACAUUUUUUAUAGUUUCGUUAAUGUUGCCAGAGUCUAGCAAGAGCACUCAAAAUUAAAAAAAAAAUAUAACAUUAAGUACAAGACAAACCAAUAAUACAAUCAGAUGGAAAAUUAAUUUAAACCUUAACCGUUGAAGAUAGAAAUAUGGUGUCUGGACUUUUUUUUCUCUGCUUUUUCACAGAUAAAAGGGGGAACGCAAAUUGAUAAUUGCUUAUAAUUUUGAUUGUUUUUUGUAAGAUUUUGUAUGUUGUUUGGGGACUUAAAAAAUUGUUAGCCCGCUAACUUUUGGCCCAGUUCCAGGCCUAUAAUGCAUGCCGUUUCUCUUUAGACGCUUCAUCUACUAAAAAUUUUAUACGCCUUGUAACGGACUGACGGGAAAUCGCGAUGUGAUAGCCUCAUUUCAAUUAUCAAUCUCCCAAACUCUUGCCUUAUUCAUUUACAAGUCCAUCGUACCUAACUAAGAACACGUGAAAAUAGUGCCAAUCAUAUUCAGACUGUUAGGAAAGGUUUAAAGUCUAGUCAUUGUAUCCAGCACAUGUAAAUAUCAAUGUUUAAGGUAUAAAAGAAUCAAAAUAAAUCUCUUAAAAAACCUUAUUUAUUCACUCAUAGCGCAAUAACAGCAGCGGCAGACUUUAACGCUUUACGCUCUUUAGCCUUCACCUGAGCCGCAAUCCGGUCCAAAUCACGUCGUCCUUGCUGGGUCAGCUCCCUACCUCCUGUUGGUGUCUUCUCAAUAAGCUUGAGCCCUUCCAGACUUUGGAGGACUUUUCGCGCUAUGCUCCCGGCAGAGCGGCAAAAGUGUGACGGCUUGGUCCCGUUGCGUUUACGCGUUCCGAAAAUUUUAGUCACAGAACCCACACCAAUGGGGGACCUCAUGUAAAUGUGUCUCACAACGGCGGCACACCGGGUGUAGUACCAAUCAGGGUCGUAGGGCGCCAACUCCUUGGCUCGCGAAGUCUUAACUAAA